CUAACAGCUAGCGGGCGCUAAUGCUUUCCCAUUGAAAACUACGGAGAACCGGAGUUAAAGGCAAACAGGAGCUAACAGCUGCUAGCCUGCCGGUCCCCGAGUCAAACCCAAAGGCCACGUAAACGGCUUGCUUUGACUGCGCUGCCAAAAACCCGAGCUGGGCCAGCAUCUCGUACGGCGUGUUCCUGUGCAUCGACUGCUCCGGCAUCCACCGCUCGCUGGGCGUCCACCUCAGCUUCAUCAGAUCCACAGAGUUAGACUCCAACUGGAACUGGUUCCAGCUCAGAUGCAUGCAGGUCGGAGGGAACGCCAACGCGACGGCCUUCUUCCGUCAGCACGGCUGCUCCACCAACGACACCAACGCCAAGUACAACAGCCGCGCAGCCCAGAUGUACCGGGAGAAGAUCCGGCAGCUGGCUAACGCGGCGCUGUCAAAGUACGGCACCGAGCUGUGGAUCGAUUCGUCUGCAGGAGGAACGACUACUGCUGCCGAGAAGAAGGACGACGACGACUUCUUCGCUGAACAUUCACAGUUUUCUAAUGAGUGGAGCAUAGCGCCCCCUGCAGAGCAGAACGGAGCCGCCAGUUCCCCCCAGCUGACCGACUCGGCGCCUAAAGCCCAGGAUGACGGCCAACCAGAGGACGGGCCGAGCAUCGACGGCCUGAGCACGUCGCCCAAAGCCUCCAUUGCGGACUCCAUGCGUUUGUCCCCGCAGAGCGGCCCGCCGGCUGCAGAUGUGAAGCCGUCCAUCAUUGGGAAGAAGAAACCCAUGGCUGCUAAAAAAGGGCUCGGAGCAAAGAAAGGUCUGGGUGCGCAGAAGGUGAGCAGCAAAAGCUUCUCUGAGGUGGAGAAGCAGGCGCAGGUGGCCGAGAAGCUGAGGGAGGAGCAGGUGGCCGAGGCCAAGAAGCAAGCCGAGGAGUCCAUAGUGGCGUCCAUGCGGCUGGCCUACCAGGAGCUGCAGAUCGACAGGAAGAUGGAGGAGAAGAAGCUGCAGAACCUGGAGGGGAAGAAGAGGGAGCAGGCGGAGCGGCUGGGGAUGGGCUUCGGCGGCCGCAGCGUCGUGUCUCACUCCGUGAUGUCAGAGAUGCAGGUGAUCGAGCAGGAAACGCCGGCGGGAGCCAAGACGUCGUCCCGCUCCAAACUGGACCUGUUUGACGAGCCGGGAUUCACCUCCGGACCCCCAAAGUAUAAGGACAACCCGUUCAUGGUGGGAGACGGGUUUGGGUCGCGGUGGGACGCCGACGGCGGCACCGCCUCGUUCACCACCGCCUGGGCUCUGGAGAAGGACGAGCCCAAGGAGGAAGUCACCAUCUCCAGCAUCCAGCCAAUCGGAGAGAGGCUGCCCAGCCGGAGGAAAGCCGAAGCGUCGUCCGCCGGGUCGGAGUCCAGCGAGGCCAGGCAGAAGUUCGCUAACGCCAAGGCCAUCUCCUCCGACAUGUUCUUCGGUCGAGAGAGCAACGCCGAGUACGAGGCCAAGACGAAGCUGGAGAGUCUGUCAGGCAGCAGCUCCAUCAGCUCCGCCGAUCUGUUCGGAGACGGCAGCGACAGCAGAGGCCGGGUUUCGGGUUUAGACAGCGUUCUUCCCUCCGGCCCGGACAUGGCCCAGUUCAAGCAGGGGGUGAAAACCGUGGCGGGGAAGAUGGCCGUCCUCGCCAACGGUGUGAUGAACACCAUCCAGGACCGCUACGGGUCGUACUGAGCCGCGCCGGCAGAACCAUCCGGCAUCGCUCCAAACGGACGUGCGCGUUUGGGGCGAGGAGACGGGCGAGACGCGGGAAGGCUUGCAUGGGAAAGACGGCGUCCCCCGUCCUGUCCUCCACUAGAGACAGUAUUUCUUCCCUCAUUAGCAGAAUCUUGACUUUUAUUUUCAUAAACCAUCAGAAAGUAUCGAAUCUUUUCUAAAACAGCCGUUUUUCUGCCCACAACCUGCUGGUCGUAGAUUUUCAACCUGAGGACUUAAAUCUUUAUUUCUUUAUCCAGAAAUUAAUGUGAUUUUGAUUCAUAACAUUUAAAGUUUUUGUUUUAUUGUGAUAUUGAAAACAAGGCGCCGUGUUUUCUUCAUAAAUCCAUCAUGUUUAAAAGCUGCUGACUUUCAGUUGAGUUGGGUUGUUUUUCUUCUGUAAGAAGCACUGAUUUCAGAUCAGUCCUGAGCCGACAGCCGAGCAGUACGGAGACAAAUCAGGGCCAGAAAGUUUG